AUGGGAGUCGACUUCUUUCUUCUUGACGAGAAGUCUACAUUGAUGCAAGGUACUAUACCCGCACAACACCUUCCCAAGUACGAAGCACUACUAAAUAAAGGGAUCAUCUAUGUUAUCAGUGGCUUCGAUGUCACAAAGAGCACUCCGAGAUUUCAUCUCACUGAUUUUGACAAAUCCAUACGUUUCACUCACACCACUACUAUGGUUCCCGUCGACGAUUCCUUCUACCAGAUUCCGAAACAGUUAUUCCGGUUUCGUUCCCACGAAGAACUUCUUGCUUUAGCCAACACCAACAAGGACCUCCCAGAAACAAAAAUGGCAGAUAAAAACACUACAAUAACACUCAGAGAUCUCCCUAAGGACAUAGUCGGAGAAAUAUUAGCCCGAGUUGGAAGCUCAUCUCGGAGACAACUUCGCCAUGUUAUGGAAGCGUCAAAAGCAUUGGCAAAGGCAGCAAAAGACAAAGGAGUUUACAAAGCUCUUAACCUACGACUGGUGUUCCAUCCUUUGGCAAAAAGGUACAGAUACAAAGACCUAAUGGAGAAGACACUUACCAACGGAAACAUCGAAGCUCACUACAUCAAAGGAAUACUAGAGUACUUCCACAAAAACAACACAAUCACCGGACUCCAACAUCUAAAAUUAGCAGCACGAGGAUCCUACAGCGAAGGUAUGUACCUAUAUGGGAUUAUAUUGUUAUCUAGGGGCGAAAUGGAGCAAGGAAAAGCCUACUUGGACCAAUUAGGGUGGCAACACAGCAAAACCAGAGGUGACAGAUGCUGGAGAAACAUCAAGAAUUCAUUGCAUGGAGUCAGAGUCUUGCGUCUACCUGCUUACCAAGAAACAAUAAGGGUUAUGAAGCCAACAACUAUGUGCAACCUCAACGACCUCGAAAACAGAUGCCAUCAUUGCUACUAUUACAAACAGAUCGUUAAGUUUGUGUUUGUCAUUUAG